AUGACUAGCACUGGUUCUUUGAAGCAAAACCCACUCAUCAAUAUCCCGCUUGCCAUGACACAGGAACAGUUGGAUGGCAUGACACACAAAAUUCUAUAUAGACAACUCAAAUCAGUCAAGGCUGGGCAAAUAGAACGGUUCAAGAUUGACUUUUCACCACAUGCUGAAGGCGAUGAAAUAGUGAUGCCUCCCACAUUAUGGGUAAAGAUCAAGAAUACUGAACCGGUGUCGAAACGGGCAAUCUAUCUUGCUGGACCAUAUAUUCUAUACGUUGAUUGUCGACUGCUGGACUAUGACCCCAAUGUCAAGUAUUUCGUCACGGCUGAUCAGCCUGUAUUUGAGCCACAGUUGAUGGCUGGUCAGUCUUUCUAUAUCCAAUUACAAUGCCACACGUUGAAAAAGAGUUACUCUUGGAUUGUUGAUGUUGUUUCCCAAAUCAUUUUCAACAACACAAUCACUAUAAACUUUGAAAUCACCAUUGGCACGUCGAAACAGGUCUUGCAUGAUGCAACUGUGAAUAGAGACCAAAUCGUUAAUGCCGAUAAGAUUGGUACAUUCCAUCCCUUACUUCAAGUCACUGAGUGGGAUACUAAGGACUUGUGGAACUUGCCUGUACCACUGCCGAAUCGACCUAAACAUCUUGUGAUUUUGACGCAUGGCUUGCAUUCAAAUGCAAGUGCAGAUAUGCUAUACUUAAAAGAACAAAUUGAUGCAAUUACAAAUUCGCAUGGAGAAUACGUUGAAGAAGAGGUUGUUGUUAAGGCAUUUUUUGGAAAUAUUGGCAAGACUGAGCGGGGUAUCAAAUAUUUGGGAAGCAGGGUUGCUGAGUAUAUUGUACGCUUAGUCACACAAGACGAGUCCCUUAAUAAUGGGCAAGUUACGAAAAUCUCGUUUGUGGGCCAUUCAUUAGGAGGCUGCGUUCAAACAUUUGCUAUUGCGUACCUUCGUCUGAACUUCCCCUGGUUUUUUGAAAAGAUCAAACCUAUCAAUUUUGUAGCCAUUGCGUCGCCGUUAUUAGGGGUAGCUAACGAAAAUCCACUUUAUGUGCAAAUGGUGUUGAGUGCAGGUUUUGUUGGUAAAACAGGGCAAGAGUUGGGUUUGAAAGUGCUUGAAAACAAUUCAAAACCGUUAUUGUUGCUCUUGCCAACUGGUUUAACCCAUAAGACAUUAAAACAAUUUAAAAGACGUACGCUUUAUGCUAACGCAAUCAACGAUGGAAUAACUCCAUUGAGGACAUCUACAUUGUUAUAUCUUGACUAUAAAGGUAUUUCAGCAUUGAUCAAUAACGUUGAUAGCAAUAAUGGCGAUGAUAAAGACUAUGCCAAGAUUGAUCAUACCAACAAGGGUAAAGAAGGAGGUGUAGUAUCUAUGGAUAAAACUGAAAAAGUUCCGCGAUCUGCGCAGGAGAAUAAUGGAUUUCUGCCGAUACAAACUUUUUUAUCAUUUUUCAUGCCUCAAAAGCAGAAUAGUGAAAGUCUGCUGCCGUACAAGAAUUUUCAAACACAAGUGGGAGGAAAUAAGCAAAGUGAAGGUAAAAAUCAAGAUGAAGAUCAUGGUGAUGAUAAAGACAAUGAGCGUGCAGAAAAGACAGAUUUCAAGGCAAUCCCCAAUGCUACAUUUUUGGACAGUGCUGCUGCAUUGAUCUUGCCACCAAUGCCGUCGAUCAAGUACAUUGUUGAUCCAACCUCACGAGAUAAUGUGAUAAUCCACGACAAAGUGUACUAUGAGCAAGACUUGCCCAAGAGGCGUAGUCCAGGCCAAACAGAUGCAAGAGGCAAAGAAGGUGGUGCGUCAACGUCAAUGUCAAUGUCAACGUCAACUUCAAAUUCAAUGCCAAUGUCAACGUCAUCAUCAUCAUCAUCGUCAUCGUCCAUAAGGCGCAAGAUUAUUGAGAAAAUGGAUCUUAACAAUAUUGAAGCCACAGAGGAGGAGAUUGCUCGAGAAUAUCACAAGAAUAUGGGGUGGAGGAAAGUUGUUGUUAAAUUAAAGCCUGAUGCGCAUAAUAAUAUUAUUGUGCGCAGGAGAUUCGCUAAUGCCUAUGGCUGGCCAGUAAUCCAGCAUCUCGUUGAGGCGCAUUUUGGCAAAGAGGCAAGAAAAGAGGAAAUUGAAGAUGAAAAAGGGGAAGUUGCCGAUGAAAAGAGCAUAUCUGCCAUAAAUAGUCUUGACUCGUUAGAUGAGGAUCUUGGCUUAACAAAGCUUAUCUCUAGGGAUAUCAUUACAAAAGAAAACGAAAAGAUUGAUGAGAGUACAAACUCAGAAGAGCAAUUGUGGAUUAAUUCCAAGGAUAAUGCCGAAAGCGUGUUUGCUUUGGGUGUUACAGGUUUGAUUGGUGAAGUCACUGAUCGUGUUGGUGAUUUUGGUAAUCAAUUAUACAAUAUGAAUUUCAAUCCUUCCUUGUUUCCUUUACUUGGACAAAUUUCGUUACCUGCAGUUUUGACGUCGACGUCGGCGUCGACUCGAGAUGAUGGUACUGAGGAAGGAGCAAAGAAUAAAGGUAAAGGUGAAGGUCUGCUGAAGAGUAUGGAAACGGGAGUGAAAAGCUCUGAUUCCAAAGAGCAGACAGCUGAUGAUGGGGAACAAGACUUGGGAGGAGCAUCCAACGGUGUCAUGAACUCAUUCCUAUGA